CAUCAUAUACAAAGCCAUUUCAGAUCAGAGUCUACUAGAUAUUAUAUAUAUACGUAGCUGUGCAUAAUGACUGACAGUCUGAAAUGAAACAAACUACACUGUGUGGUUGGAGAUACUGUUCUUCUUAUCUUCCUCUUUAUGUUCCCAGGGCACUGUAACAGAACCAUGGCAGCCACAGAUCCCCAGCUUUCUGAGUUGAUUGAAGAAGAGUUUCUAAAGUGUAAGAUCUGCUUUGAGCUGUACAAGUCUCCCCGGAUCCUGCCCUGCCUGCACUCCUACUGUGAGCAGUGUCUGGAGAAGCUGUUGGAGAAAGGGAAAGGCACUAUCUACUGCCCUGAGUGCCGAACAGAGACAUGCGUUCAGGGCAGCGUCAGAAACAUCAAAACCAGCUUCUUUAUAAACGGCCUUCUGGACCUGUUUGAAUCCAAGAGGAAGAAGGAGGCGGUCUGCUCUGUGUGUGUGUCCUUAAAGCAGAGCCCUGAGGCUGCCUCGUCCCGCUGCCUCGACUGUGCUGACUUCCUGUGCCGUUCCUGCGCCGAGGGCCACCGCUGCUCCAAGCUCACCCUCUCCCACACAGUGGUGAGCCUGCAGGACUACACUGCGGGGAGAUAUGAUGAAGAGGCCCGGCUCAGGCAGGAGCAGCACUGCCACAGCCACCAGGACACACUGAGGUUUUACUGCAACACCUGCUCCACACCCAUCUGCAGGGACUGUCGCAUGCUGGAGCACUUUUCACACCACAUCCUGGUCAUGGCUGAUGCUGUCAAAGCCAGGAAGCCACAGGUAGAGGGUCUGAUCAGCAGCUUGGACAACAACAUAAAAAGCAUUGGCCAGCAAGAAGAGGCUAUGGACUCCAUGAUAGGACAGCUAAAGGAAUCCCAAAGCACUAUCCAGGACUGUGUCUCAAAGUAUGUCUCUGUGCUUGUAGAACAGCUGUAUGCUCAAAGGGAUUAUAUUUGUAAAGAACUAUCAGAUUUUGUUCAACAGCAGGAGAAGAGCUACCUGAGCAUUAAGCAGGCUCUCCACAAUCACAUGGACUCUGCUCAGAGCACCAAGGACUUCUCCAGGAAGGUCAUGGAAAUGGGGAAAGAUUAUGAAAUUCUCCAGCUGGAAGGCAUGAUUCAGAGUCAUAUUAAAAGACUUCAGGAUCUUAACAUCCCAGCAGCUGAAGGGAAAAUGCCACAUCUGGUUAUAAAGGAAGGCCUAAACAAGGAGAGCGUUGGAAAACAAAUGUUUCAAUUGAGAUUUGAACACCAUUGCAAUAGUUCAGGAAAUGCUCCAACAGUGGUUGCAACCGACAUCAAACUAGAACCACAUAUGACUGUCCAGAAAUCUGUUGAGACAUCAGUUCAGAAAUCUGUCGAGAUGCCAGUUCAGAAAUCUGAGACACCAGUUCAGAAAUCUAUCGAGGCAGGAGUUCAGAAAUCUGUGGAGACACCAGUUCAGAAAUCUGUCGAGACACCAGUUCAGAAAUCUGUCGAGACACCAGUUCAGAAAUCUGAGACACCAGUUCAGAAAUCUGUCGAGGCAGCAGUUCAGAAAUCUGUCGAGGCACCAGUUCAGAAAUCUGUCAACGCACCAGUUCAGAAAUCUGUCAACGCACCAGUUCAGAAAUCUGAGACACCAGUUCAGAAAUCUGAGACACCAGUUCAGAAAUCUGUCAACGCACCAGUUCAGAAAUCUGAGACACCAGUUCAGAAAUCUGAGACACCAGUUCAGAAAUCUGUCAACGCACCAGUUCAGAAAUCUGAGACACCAGUUCAGAAAUCUGAGACACCAGUUCAGAAAUCUGUCGAGACACCAGUUCAGAAAUCUGUCGAGACACCAGUUCAGAAAUCUGAGACACCAGUUCAGACAUCUGUGACACCAGUUCAGAAAUCUGUCAACACACCAGUUCAGAAAUCUGAGACACCAGUUCAGAAAUCUGAGACACCAGUUCAGAAAUCUGUCGAGACACCAGUUCAGAAAUCUGAGACACCAGUUCAGAAAUCUGUCGAGACAGCAGUUCAGAACUCUGUCGAGGCAGCAGUUCAGAAAUCUGUCGAGGCAGCAGUUCAGAAAUCUGUCGAGGCACCAGUUCAGAAAUCUGUCAACGCACCAGUUCAGAAAUCUGAGACACCAGUUCAGAAAUCUGAGACACCAGUUCAGAAAUCUGUCGAGACACCAGUUCAGAAAUCUGAGACACCAGUUCAGAAAUCUGUCGAGGCAGCAGUUCAGAACUCUGUCGAGGCAGCAGUUCAGAAAUCUGUCGAGGCAGCAGUUCAGAAAUCUGUCGAGGCACCAGUUCAGAAAUCUGUCAACGCACAAGUUCAGAAAUCUGAGACACCAGUUCAGAAAUCUGUCAACGCACCAGUUCAGAAAUCUGAGACACCAGUUCAGAAAUCUGAGACACCAGUUCAGAAAUCUGUCAACGCACCAGUUCAGAAAUCUGAGACACCAGUUCAGAAAUCUGAGACACCAGUUCAGAAAUCUGUCGAGACACCAGUUCAGAAAUCUGUCGAGACACCAGUUCAGAAAUCUGAGACACCAGUUCAGACAUCUGUGACACCAGUUCAGAAAUCUGUCAACACACCAGUUCAGAAAUCUGAGACACCAGUUCAGAAAUCUGAGACACCAGUUCAGAAAUCUGUCGAGACACCAGUUCAGAAAUCUGUCAACGCACCAGUUCAGAAAUCUGUCAACGCACCAGUUCAGAAAUCUGUCAACACACCAGUUCAGAAAUCUGUCAACGCACCAGUUCAGAAAUCUGAGACACCAGUUCAGAAAUCUGAGACACCAGUUCAGAAAUCUGUCGAGACACCAGUUCAGAAAUCUGUCGAGACACCAGUUCAGAAAUCUGAGACACCAGUUCAGAAAUCUGUCGAGGCAGCAGUUCAGAACUCUGUCGAGGCAGCAGUUCAGAAAUCUGUCGAGGCAGCAGUUCAGAACUCUGUCGAGGCAGCAGUUCAGAAAUCUGUCGAGGCACCAGUUCAGAAAUCUGUCAACGCACCAGUUCAGAAAUCUGAGACACCAGUUCAGAAAUCUGAGACACCAGUUCAGAAAUCUGUCAAGGCAGCAGUUCAGAAAUCUGUCGAGGCACCAGUUCAGAAAUCUGACAACUCACCAGUUCAGAAAUCUGAGACACCAGUUCAGAAAUCUGAGACACCAGUUCAGAAAUCUGAGACCUCUGUCAAGACCAUGUUGAAAUCUGACAAGACCAUGUGUGUCCAGAUCCGGGUUCUGUGCCAGGAAGUGGUGUGUGCUGGAGACCCCAGGUACGGGCACUGUGGGGGUGCCCGCUACCACUAUGGCUAG